GUCAUAGUAAGAGUAUUUCUGAUGCCGUAGCUUUGGUUGAUCAAAUGGUGGAAAUGGGAUAUAAACCCAAUACAGUGACAUUUACAACUCUAAUCCAUGGACUUUUUCUCCACAACAAAGCUUCAGAAGCAGUGGCGCUAGUUGAUCGGAUGGCAGUGAAAGGCUGUCAACCAAGUUUAGUUACUUAUGCUGUGGUUGUAAAUGGAUUAUGUAAGAGAGGUGAUACUGAUUUGGCUUUUAAUCUGCUCAGGAAAAUGGAGAACGGGAAAAUAGAAGCUGAUGUUGUGAUCUACAGCACAGUCAUUGAUGGCCUUUGCAAAUACAAACAUGUGAAUGAUGCACUCAACCUAUUCAAUGAGAUGGAGAACAAAGGAAUUAGACCAACUGUUGUUACCUACAACUCCCUCAUAAGUUGUCUUUGUAAUUAUGGGCGAUGGAGGGAUGCCUCUUGCUUACUUAGUGAUAUGAUUGAGAGGAAAAUCAACCCUAAUUCAAUCACUUUCAACACAUUGAUCGAUGCGUUUGUGAAAGAAGGCAAGUUUGUAGAGGCGGACAAAUUAUAUGAGGAGAUGAUCCGAAGGUCAUUAGAUCCUGAUAUUUUCACCUACAAUUCUUUGAUCAAUGGGUUUUGUAUGCGUCAUCGCCUAGACGAGGCCAAGCAGAUGUUUUCUUUGAUGGUUAGCAAGGACUGUUUCCCAGAUGUAGUGACUUAUAGUACUCUUAUAAAGGGAUUUUGCAAGUCUAAGAAGGUAGAAGAUGGUAUGGAACUCUUCCGCGAGAUGUCUCAAAGAGGAUUGGUUGGCGACACAGUCACUUACAACACUCUUAUCCAAGGGUUAUUUCAAGCUGGAGAUUGUGAUAUGGCUCAAGAAACUUUUAGUCAAAUGGAUUCUUUUGGUGUCUCUCCUGAUCUUUGGACUUAUAAUAUUUUGUUAGAUGGGCUUUGUAAUAACGGGAGGCUAGAGAAAGCAUUGGUGGUAUUCGAGUGUUUGCAGAAGAGUGAAAUGGAACUUGACAUAUUCACAUAUAAUAUUAUGAUUGAAGGGAUGUGUAAGGAUGGGAAGGUGGAAGAUGGUUGGGGUCUAUUUUGUAGCCUCACCCUUAAAGGAGUGAAGCCUGAUGUUAUAACCUACAACACAAUGAUCUCAGGCUUGUGUAGGAAAGGUUUAAACCAGAAAGCUUAUGCCUUGCUCAAAAAAAUGAAACAAGAUGGGCCUCCUCCAGAUAGCGGUACAUAUAAUUCACUGAUCAGGGCAUGCCUUAGAGAUGGUGACAAAGCGGCAUCGGCAGAACUCAUCAAAGAAAUGAGGAGUUGCGGGUUUGCUGGAGAUGCUUCAGCGAUUGGCUUGGUCGCUAAUAUGUUGCAUGAUGGGAGAUUGGACAAAAGCUUUCUGGACAUGCUCUCUUAAAGACGUCUUUGAGGUUAAUAAGCCCUUUUUAACUAGUUAUCACUUCUCUAUGCAGUUCUUAUGUUCAUGAAUAUGUUUGAUUAGCGUUCUGUUAACCAGCAUUAGAGUUUUGGUGGACGUUUUGGGGUUGUGAAUUUUUUUCUUUCUUCUGUAUCCAUUAUUGUUUAUAUCUUACAAACGAAACAUUCUCAAAGGUGUUAAUCAAAUUUGGAAACUUUU